UUAACUAGUAAGAAGAGUAAAUAGGCACAUGUUUUAUUCAUUUAUGAAACCUAUCCCAAAGUCUACCCCAAAGUCCAUCCCUCACCACCAACCUAAUUUAUUUUCUACCCUUUAGGGAAAGACAGAUUUAAGAAGAGGGAGCAAAAAAAAAACUAAGUACUACCAACCAACCUUAUAUUUUCAUUCACUACUCUCUAGUCUCCAGCAUAAAGCUCCGCCGUUCUCCCCAAAUUCUACCCCGCCGCCGCCGCCGCAGUUCCGGCAUGUGGACUUCCUUCGCCGCCUGGGCCACCCCCACCACCCUCUUCAUCCUCGUCAACGCCGUCAUCGCCGUCAUCGCCCUCACCUCCCGAUUCGGCGCUCCCAAAACCUCCCACCGCCGCCACCUCCACGGCGGCCCCGCCCUCCUCCGCCCUCCGUCCCUCUUAGACAGAGUCAAAUCCUUCGACUUCUCCCUCUACUACAACUCCGGCCACUGCCCCGACCCGAACCCGGAUCCCAACCCGGCCCAGCUCGCCCGAGCUCCGUCCGUCUUGGACCGAAUCAAGUCCAUCGCCCUCCACAGAUCCGAUUCCAAUUCCUCCGCCCGCGAAACAGAGCAUCCGCAGCACCAAAAACCGAGCCCGGAGCAAACUCACGACCACAUCGUGAACCGGAGCAAGUCCGAUUCCGGAACCCAUACUCCGACGGCUCUGGAGAUGAGUUUCCGGCGGCGGUUACAGAAAUCGCUGAGCGAGAAGCUGACGUGGGCGCCAUUCACGGCGACGGAACCGCCGCAGGCUGAAACAGAGGAAGCGAGCGUUAUCGAACGGCGUCGUCCGGCGACGUCGAGGGCGGAGAUCGGCGAACGGGAAACGGCGCCGGGGGAAGAGGAGGAGGAGGAGGUGGACGCGAGGGCGGACGAUUUCAUCAAUAAAUUUAAGCAGCAGCUGAAAUUGCAGAGGCUGGAAUCUCUGCUGCGGUACAGAGACGCGAUUAAGGGCAAAAAAUGAGGUUCCUCUUCCUCGGGUUUAGUUUAUUUUCUCGUUUUCAUUAUUGGGUUUCUCCUCUUCUUUUAUGCGCUCGUUUUGUGAAGUGUUCGUGUGUUGGCUAAUUUAGUAGCUUUUUCGUUUUGUGUGGAACAUCCGCCAUUAAUGGCGAAAACUGGGUGCUCUGGUUUUAGACGAAAAGGGGAAGACAAUGGUGCCGCCGACCGGGGCUCAUCGGUCUAAUUUCCCGCCGCCGCAACGCCGGUUUAUGUGCUUACGAUUUUUCAUCGGUUUAGGAACUUCUAAGAUUGAAAUGAAGUUUGGGUUCCAAUCCUAAAAAAUGUGUGAGGGAAUGGAUCUGCAACAUUCUUGAAACUCGGAGUUUGUCGCUUUUUGCCCCGAGAAAAAAAUAAUAAUAAUAAUUAAAAUGUAUUUCGAUUUA